CAACAUUCCAUUCUUCAGUUACAAAUAAUAUAGUACUAUAUUGCACAUAGAAGCUAAGGUGAAAUAAUCAAGAGCAUAAUCAUGAAGACAAUAACAUCUUUCCUCGUAGUUUGUGUGUUACUGUCUUGUUUCCUUGGGGCUUGCCACGGAGGCAACCUUAGGAAAAAUUUCUAUAGAAAUUCCUGUCCUCAAGCUGAAGCUAUUGUUAAGACCAAAAUCCAACAACACGUUGCUGCAAGGCCUGAAUUGCCAGCCAAAUUGAUUAGGAUGCAUUUUCAUGACUGUUUCGUCAGGGGUUGUGAUGGGUCGGUUUUGUUAGACUCAACUGCCACAAACAAAGCGGAGAAGGAUGCUAUUCCUAAUUUAUCAUUGGCUGGCUAUGAUGUCAUUGAUGAUAUAAAAGCAGAAAUUGAAGCAAAAUGUUCCGGAGUUGUAUCUUGUGCUGACAUUCUGGCAUUGGCAACUAGAGACGCUUUUUCUGUCCAAUUUAAUAAUGUGCCUCUGUGGGAAGUGCUUACUGGUAGAAGAGAUGGGAGAGUGUCCAUAGCAAGUGAAGCCUUGGCCAAUCUCCCACCACCUUUCUUCAACUUCACCCAGCUCAAACAAAGCUUCGAAAGUAAAAAACUCACCGUGCAUGAUCUCGUUGUAUUAUCAGGAUAA